CCAACACCAACCCCAACACCAGCCCCAACCCCAACAGCAACUCCAGACCCAACACCAACCCCAGCCUCAACCCCAGACCCAACCCCAACACCAACCCCAGCCCUAACACCGACACCAACCCCAACACCAGCCCCAACACCAACCCCAGGCCCAAACCCAACCCCAACAGCAUCGGGCCGGAAAUGA